AUGGACACAGGGACCAAGCACUCGACAGAACGGGAGGACCUCAGGAUGAUGCUGGCCAGAAUCAUGGCCCUGCAGGACCAGAAAGGACUGCGAGUGGGUCGGGCAGAAGUGACCACCAACACGUGGAUCCAAAAGACUGAGGCUCUAUCCAGCCACCCUCCUGCCAGUCUGAAGGAAGUGGGCCCGGGGUGCAGCACAGACUCGGAGAAGGUUGGCAUCAGGCCCCCAGCCGUGAACGUGACACACAGCCAGGCCUUGAAGGGCACAGUCACCCUGACACGCUGGGCUUUCAGCUUCUCUCCCCAGAACAUCUCACUGGGGGUCCUGCCUGAUGGGACUAGGACCAACCAGACUUGGGUGCAUAGGGUUCCCCAAGGAGAGGAACGGAGGGUCACGUGCUACGUGGACCACAGUAAGAGCCACAGUGCACACCCUGUGCCCUCUGGUGAGCUCCUGUGA